GAUGUGCUUAGAAAUAAUCAGUGCACACAGUUAUGAAUGUGCAGCAGCUCUAGAGGGAUGAGGAGGAGGAGGAUGAUGAUGAUGAUGAUGAUGAUGAAGAUGCACCUGGGUGAAUUGUGCUCAAUUAAAGCGAGCUUCCUUUCCUCCAGUGCCAUGCAGGCAGAAAUAACAGCACCCACACGCCAUCAUGCUGCUCUGCUUACUGUAUCCUUAAUCCAGCAGAGGAAAAACCGAGUACACACCGAGCCCAAACCCGGACACAGAGCUCACUCACUGCAGGGGCUUGGUAUGCUUUUACAGUGGUCCAGGGAUGCCCAAGGAGAAAUAUGAGCCGCCAGAUCCCCGGCGGAUGUACACGAUAAUGACCAGCGAAGAGGCAGCAAGUGGGAAAAAAUCUCACUGGGCUGAGCUUGAGAUAAGUGGUAAAGUGCGGAGUCUAAGCUCGGCCCUGUGGUCGCUCACUCACCUCACUGCUUUGCACCUCAGUGACAACUCGCUGUCACGUAUCCCCCCCGACAUUGCCAAGCUACACAACCUAGUGCACCUGGACCUGUCGUCCAAUAAGAUCAGGAGCCUGCCAGCUGAGCUCGGCAACAUGGUGUCUCUCAGGGAACUGCUUUUAAAUAACAACCAGUUGCGGGUUCUACCUUUCGAAUUGGGGAAAUUGUUUCAGUUACAAACACUGGGGUUAAAAGGAAAUCCACUCGCACAGGACCUUAUGAGCCUCUACCAGGAACCAGAUGGCACCCGCCGACUGCUGAACUACCUUUUGGACAAUCUUGCCGGUGCUAUUAAACGUAUAUCAACUGAGCAACCGCCGUCCCGGUCGUGGAUUGUACUGCAGGAGCCGGAGAGAGUCAGGCCUGCAGCCGUGUUCUCAGUAAUGUGCUAUAACGUACUGUGCGAUAAGUACGCCACGCGCCAGCUGUACGGCUACUGCCCUCCAUGGGCUCUCAACUGGGAGUACAGGAAGAAGGCCAUCAUGCAGGAAAUCCUCAGCUGCAAUGCUGACAUCAUCAGCCUACAGGAAGUGGAGACAGAACAGUAUUAUAACCACUUCCUGGUGGAGCUGAAAGCGCAGGGAUAUGAUGGAUUCUUCAGUCCAAAGUCCCGAGCCAGAACCAUGUCCGAGUCAGACAGGAAACACGUGGACGGAUGUGCAAUAUUCUACAAGACCGAAAAGUUCAGUGUGGUGCAGAAGCACACGGUGGAGUUUAAUCAGCUGGCCAUGGCUAACUCAGAGGGCUCGGAGGCCAUGUUGAAUCGUGUAAUGACCAAGGACAACAUCGGGGUGGCGGUGCUGCUGGAGCUACGCAGGGAAAUGAUGGAGAUGACACCGGGCAAGUCUCUCCAUGUCCUGGAGAAACAGCUCCUCCUGGUGGCCAAUGCCCACAUGCACUGGGACCCGGAGUACUCCGACGUGAAGCUGGUCCAGACCAUGAUGUUCCUUUCUGAGGUGAAGAACAUCGUGGACAAAGCCUCACGCAGCCUCAAGCUCUCGUCCAUAUCUGGAGAAACCAACGCUAUCCCUCUGGUGCUGUGUGCUGAUCUCAACUCGCUGCCUGACUCGGGUGUGGUGGAAUUCCUGAGCACAGGCGGGGUGGACUGUACGCACAAAGACUUUAAAGAGCUGCGCUACAGCGACAGUCUGACCAACUUCAACUGCAAUGGCAAGAACAGCUCGUCCAACGGCAGGAUCACGCACGGCUUCAAGCUCAAGAGUGCCUACGUGAAUGGGCUCAUGCCUUACACCAACUACACCCUCGACUUCAAGGGUGUGAUCGAUUACAUCUUCUGCUCUGAGCCUCAGCUGAACGUUUUGGGUGUCCUGGGACCUCUGGAGCACGACUGGCUCCUGGAGAACAACGUGAGUGGCUGCCCGCACCCCCACAUCCCGUCGGACCACUUCUCCCUGUUUGCACAGCUGGAGCUGCUCCUGCCCCAGCAUGCCCCCAUCAACGGGGUGCACCUGCCUGCACGCAGGUAGUCACACCCCGCUCCGAGACGUCACCGCGAGGGGUGGGGCGGCGCUGCACACUCCCACCUCUGACACGUUCUUCUGGCAACUUACUGAAAACGACCGAACCUCUGAACUACGCCAUUUACUUUGUGCUUCUUUUUUUAAAAAAAAAAAGUUUAUUUGAUUUUUUAAAACCUUUUAUUUCAUGACUUUUUUUUUUUUCCUUCCUUGUUUACUCGAUGGAACCAAAUUUGCUUCUAAACGCUAAAAGAGGCUCGGUUUCUCAGUCUCUCGUUAAGCUUUGUCUUUUCUAGUUGUUUUCUAGUCGUAUGCAUGGGUUUCUGUUUCGAGCACUACUUUUCCACGUUGCUUCGGUAUCGUCGUUCUCAUGCGAAAAAAAACAAAACAAAAGGCGUAAGUAGUUUGUAGGCAUGCGGUCUCGUGUCAGGAUGCAGAAUCUGUGUCGUUUAGCUCUCACGUGACGUCAGGUUUGUGAUCGGCGCACUUGUCCCAUGCACUCGAAAGAAGUCUGGGCUGAAGGAAACGGAGGUCAUAAUGCCAAUGGCAGUCAGAUGUUUAAUAAUCUCAAGCCAGCAAUGAUUCCUGAAUCCUCACCCAAGUGCAUUAAACCUCCUCGUUCCUUUCUAAGCCCUAGACGGAUUACAAAAAAAACCAACAACUCGAAUAUCUGACAAGCAAUAGCUCACAUCCGGUUAUGCUUUUUUUGUAUAUACACGCACAUGUGUGUGUGUGUGUGUGUGUGUGUGUGUGUGUGUGUGCUCGGAUUUUAGCUUUGGUUCUUAUACGCGUCUUUUUAGAGAAGCUUCGGAAAGCGUGCGUGCCGCUUAAAUGGGUGCCAGUCUUUUUUAACGGGAGUGGCCCGAGCCGUCACGUGUUCACUCCUAAACGGUGCAAUAUUCUCAACCGUUUUAAAGCUAAAGCCGUGGCAAAUGUUUUUUAUACGAGCUUAAAUAUGAAAAAUCCAAUCCUCCAGUGCACUUAUUCCGAAAGGUUUACUAGCAUGGCGAUCGAUUGGCUCAAUGAAAUUCUGUUCUUCGACGCAAACAAUUCGUUUGAAUGCAUCGGCUUGAUCACUGGUUACCCGGUAACUUUGUUGUUGUUGUUGUUAUUAUUAUUAUUAUUAUUAUUAUUAUUAUUAUUAUUAUUAUUUUGUUAUUGCGAUUGAGCUAUGCACCUGGAAAUGUUUAGCUCCUAGAAAACAUUGGAUGUGAGGUCACUGUGGACGUGCCCACAUGGUGGAGGAGAGAGAGAUAUAGAGAGGGAUAGAGAUGUAUAUAGAGAGAGAG